AUGCCAGACUUGCCAUCAGAGUUGAUCGCUCAAAGAUAUUGCUGCGGUUCUUUAUGCAACCCAAGAAGCCCUGUUCAUCGCUAUGCCAUGCUCUUUUUUAUUUGUCUAAUGUCGUUUGGGAGUUAUUUUUGUUAUGACAACCCUGCUGCCUUGCAAGACGCAUUUUUAACUGAUCUUAAUUUAUCUGUCGCACAGUUCAUGAACCUCUAUGCUUUCUAUUCGUGGCCCAACGUCAUACUCAGCUUUAUUGGUGGCCUUUUUAUAGACCGAGUCAUUGGGAUCCGUUGGGGUGCUAUACUGUUUUCCUCCAUAAUUUUUUUUGGACAGUGCCUUUUUUCACUUGGUUCUUUUCUUUCAAGUGUUUAUUUGAUGUAUUUUGCUCGGUUUGUAUUCGGCGUCGGUGGAGAGUCCUUGUCAGUUGCACAAAACGCCUACGCCACGGCAUGGUACCCGCCAAACGAGCUCAAUUUCGUUUUCGGGCUCUCGCUUAGUGUAGCCCGAAUCGGCUCGACUGUCAACAUGAACACCAUGCGGCCGCUUUACAAGGCUAUGGGCUCGGCAUUCCACCUCACAGGUGGUAAACGCAUGGCAGCGACGUUGCUUGUUGCAUCUGUGACCUGUUUAUUUUCGAUUGGCUGUGCAAUAUCACUUGCAUUUUUUUAUCGAAGAUACGUUAAAGCUCGACUAGAGUCACUGCUAUCUGUCGAAACCUCUGGCGAAUCGUCCCAGGAGGCGGCAGCGCCUCAGGAAGAAGUCAUCCAGCUAAAAGACAUCCUGCACUUUCCUCCGCCAAUCUGGCUCAUUUGCAUCAUUUGUGUUGCCUACUACGUUACCGUAUUUCCUUUAAUCAGUCUUGGACUUGUGUUCUUCAAGCGCAAGUACGGCCUCGACCCCGCCCACGCAGCCGCACUCAACAGCCUCGUGUUCAUUGUCUCCGCCGUCGCGAGUCCCAUCGUCGGCGCCGCCAUCGACUUCUUCGGCUACAACCUCACCUGGGUGACGGUGGGCAUCGCGAUGGCGGCGACCUGUCACGCCUGCUUCGCGUUCACCGCCGCCCUGCCCUCGCCCUUCCUGCUGAUGCUCUGCCUCGGCUUGAGCUACUCCAUCCUCGCGAGCAGCCUGUGGCCUCUGGUGGGGGUGGUGCUCCCCCAGCACCAACGCGCAACCGCCUACGGACUUGUGCAAUCCGUCCAGAAUCUGGGUUUGGGGCUGGCGUCCUUCCUCGCCGGCUACAUUGUCGACACGAAGGGCUACAUGGUGCUCGAGAUGUUCUUUCUCAUGUGCAACGCAUUCGCCCUACUAGCGACGGUGUUGCUCUUCCUGUGGGAUGUGAAAAACGGCCGUCGCUUGAAUUCGGCCCACACGCGGACAAAGGCGACGCCUGUUAAGCCUGAAGAAGAAGCAGAAGUUGGAGGAGGAGGCGGUGGCAGCGGCGGCGGCGAAGAUGAGGAAGAAGAAGACGCGCCACCGACGUCCUCUGACACGGCACCACUUGUUUCCUGA